AUGUCGUGUGUACGACUUGCCGCGGUGCGGGGCAGCCAAGCAACAACACGGAGCUGGCUGCUUUCUCUUUACAAUUGCAAUGCAUCAUAUCCUCAAUCUGGACCAUCAAGACUGUCGCUCGGAUGGGCACUUGAGUCGCCCAAACCUCACCAACACCGACUGACCUUGAAGUCCCGACCUUUUCAUUCAGCGCAGAAUCGAAAGAAGCAAGCUCGCAACGCGCAAGAAUCCGGAGAGAAAAGCUCAAAAGAGUUCUCGCAUACUCUCCAUCUUCCGAGCACCGCUUUCAGCAUCCGCGCCAAUGCAGCCCAACGAGACAAGCUCUUCUAUGACCGUACUUGCACAGAACUCUACCAGUGGCAACGUGCAAGGCCUAACCCUUCUGGCGAAUUUGUAUUUCACGAUGGCCCACCAUACGCCAACGGUAACCUCCAUUGCGGUCAUGCACUCAACAAGGUUCUCAAAGACAUUACCAAUCGAUAUCAAGUGCUUCAAGGCAAGCGAGUGCAUUUCAUGCCGGGAUGGGACUGCCACGGUCUACCCAUCGAAACUAAAGCACUCGCAAGCAUGACCGCGGAUCAAAGGCAAGCAUUAUCCCCGCAGGAUAUCCGUAGAAAGGCACGCAAAGAAGCCGUCAAAGCCAUUGAAACUCAGAAAAAGGAGUUUAGCCAGUUCGGCAUCAUGGCAGACUGGAGUAACGCUGCCACCUACCGUACGCUCGACCCUGGUUACGAAGCUCGACAGUUGCGCGUCUUCGGCGAGAUGGUGCGUAAAGGUCUCAUAUACCGUCAAUACCGCCCUGUGUACUGGUCGCCAUCCAACCAUACCGCGUUAGCCGAAUCAGAGCUUGAGUACCGUGAAGAUCAUCUCAGCAAUGCUGUCUACGUUGCCUUCAAGCUGACCGCCGGUCCAAAGCUGCUGCACAAGCUAGCCCACCAAUCUCCGCUUGCAGAAGAUCUACAUGCCAUCAUUUGGACCACCACCCCAUGGUCACUACCUUCCAACAUGGCUAUCAACGCCAAUCCUGAUCUCGAGUACAGCAUCGUUCGAUCAUUGAAGAAACAAGGAUCUUACUAUCUUGUUGGUUCCGAUCGCGUCGAAGCCUUGGAAUCACUCCCGUCGAGUCUUUUUGCGGGUCCAGAUGACGGUGAACCGAAGACGCUGGGGCCGAUGGAGGAGAUCACUCGCAUCCGCGGAACUGACCUGUGCGACUCGGUCUAUCGCUCGCCUUUGAGUGCGCCUGACAGCUCACCAAGACCGAUCUUGAUGGCCGAUUACGUUACAGCACUUUCCGGAACUGGGCUCGUUCAUUCGGCACCCGCCCAUGGUGCGGAAGACUACCAGAUUUGGAAGCAACAAGGUCACAUUGAGCGACACGGGAUAUUUUCUCCUAUCAACGAUGAGGGGCGAUACUCUUCCGAUAUUCUGCAAAUCGACAAAGUGUCUAGCAAAACAUCGACACUUGGUCAUCGACUGAUCGGUAAAGAGGUGCUCGGCGAAGGAGCGCAGGAGGUGAUAUCUAUCUUGAAGGAACGUGGUGCUUUGGUCUCGGUACAGACACUGCGCCACAAGUAUCCUUAUGACUGGCGAUCCAAGCAGCCAGUCAUCGUGAGGGCAACUGCACAGUGGUUCGCUAAUCUCGACGACAUCAAACAACGAGCGAUUGCGGCGCUUAAAGACGUCACCUUUGUUCCAGCUGGAUCGCGUGCACGUCUCGAGUCGUUUGUCUUGGGCCGCUCGGAAUGGUGCAUCUCUCGACAGCGUGUUUGGGGUGUUCCCAUUCCGGUGCUGUACGAUAUGGCGACUGAUGAGCCGUUGAUGACGGUCGAAAACAUCGAGCACAUUGCAUCCGUCUUGGAAAGGAAAGGUACCGAUUACUGGUGGGAAGCCGACGCCGAGGUGUUUGUUGCGCCACCGUACCGCGAAGUGGGCCGCAAAUGGCGCAAGGGCCAAGACACAGUGGACGUAUGGUUCGACAGCGGUACCUCGUGGGCAACGCUCCGAGACCAAAUCGCUCGUGACUCCAAUCAAACUUUACCUGCAAAGCGGGGCCAUAUCGCGGACGUCUACCUGGAAGGCUCAGACCAGCAUCGUGGCUGGUUUCAGUCUUCGCUCAUCACCGCCAUAGCGACUACACCAGAAGGUCAGAAGCCGAUUGCUCCCUACAAGACAGUCGUGACACACGGAUACGUGCUCGACAAUGAAAGUCGCAAGAUGAGUAAGAGUCUCGGUAACGUCAUAUCACCCUUGCACAUCAUCCAAGGGGGCAAGGGGGCGGACGAACCGGCUUACGGCAUCGACGUCUUGCGUCUGUGGGUAGCUAGAAGCGAUUAUACUGCUGAUCCGCCAAUCGGUAGCACAAUCGUUCACAAGACUGCGGAGACGCUACGCAAGCUUCGAAACACCGCCCGCUUCAUGCUGGCUAAUCUGCCCAAUACUGGUGAUGUACCCAAGCUCGAUCGGUCAAAGAUGCGACUGCUGGACCGCUUUGUCUUGCAAGACCUUUAUCAGCUUGAACGAGCGUGUGCUGCCGCGUACGAGUCUUAUGAUUUUGCACAGGUCGUUCGUCGGCUGACCGAAUUCGCCAGCUCGACGAUGUCAAAUCUAUACCUCGACGUAGGAAAGGACAGCCUCUACCUUGAUGGAGCUGAAAACGAGAGGCGUAGGUCGAUGGUAGCAAUCAUCGAUCAGAUUCUGCGCACCAUGAUGGGAAUCAUGGCACCGAUCACACCUUUCUUGAGCGAAGAAAUCUUCCAUUUUCUCAACGGUGCAACCAAGGAUCCAGCUGAAGGCACAUUGUCAGCUGCAUCUGUCUUUACAAUUGGCUGGCCUCGGGUUGAUGAAAUUUGGAAUGAUCAGCAGGCUGCAGCUGACUGUAGGCAGCUUCUCAAGCUGCGUGAUACUUGCCUAGCACUGAUUGAAGAGGCGAGACAGGCCUCACACAUCAAGACCGCGUUCGAAGUCGACAUUGACCUUAUCAUUCAACAUGACUCACCACUGGCAUCGCUCCUGCAGACGUACAACCUGGAGUUGACUGAAUUGUUCAACGUAGCACUGGUGAUCGUGACCAAGAAAGGCCAAGACGAAAAUCAAGGCAGUUUGGUCACCGGAUACAGCGAAGACGGGAUAAAGAUCCAGGUGCGACGAUCUUCACGCCAUCGUUGUCGGCGCUGUCGCACUCUUCGCAAGGAGAAAGAGUCAGACCGUCUCUGCUAUCGCUGUCAAGCGGUUGUAGAUGGGCUCUCCUUGUGA